AUGACGCGCCCUCCGCUGUCAGACAACCGGACCAUGGCCAUCCUCAACGCCGCCCGCGACGGUGGAUAUGCCGUGCCCGGCAUGUGCUGCUACAACCUGGAGUCGGUCAUUGCCACGGUGCGUGCCGCCGAGGCUGCGCGGUCGCCGGCCAUGGUUCUGCUCUUCCCGUGGGCCAUUGAGUAUGCCGGCGACGCGCUCGUCAAGGCGGCCGCCGAGGCCGCCCACAGCGCCAGCGUGCCGGUGUCGCUGCACCUGGACCACGCGCAGACGCCCGAGCUCGUGCGGCGCGCGGCCGACAUCCCAGACGGCUUCGACAGCAUCAUGUGCGACAUGAGCCACUACGAAAAGGAAGAGAACCUGCGGCUCACCAAGGAGCUGGUGGCGUACUGCCACGCGCGCGGCAUUGCCACGGAGGCGGAGCCGGGCCGCAUCGAGGGCGGCGAGGACGGUGUGGCGGAGACGGUCGACUUGGAGGCGGUGCUCACGACGCCCGAGCAGGCCGAAGAGUUUGUGGCGACGGGCAUCGAGAUGCUGGCGCCGGCGUUUGGCAAUGUGCACGGCGAGUACGGCCCGCGGGGCAUCCAGCUCGAGUACGACCGCCUCGACUCGAUCAACAAGGCCGUGGGCGACCGCGUGCGGCUGGUGCUGCACGGCGCCGACCCCUUUGACGAGGCCAUCUUCCGGCGGUGCAUCGACGCGGGCGUCACCAAGAUCAACAUCAACAAGGGCAUGAACAACCACUACGCGGCGGUGCAGGAGGAGAUGCGCGGGCGGCCGCUGACGAGCGUCAUCGAGGCCGGCACGAAGCGGAUGCAGGAGGCGAUUGAGGUCUACAUGCAGUGGUUUGGCAGCAAGGGCAAGGCGGGCAAGUGA